CGGGCGCUCGGUCGCCCCGCCCCGUCCCUGCCAACGCCCGCUCUGUGGGUCGGUCAGUCAGUCCCGGAGCGCGCGCCGCGGGAGCUGAGGGAGAGGAGCGGCGCGCCUGGAGAGGCGGCGGCGCGGCGGGGGGGACGCGAGCAGCUGCUGCCUCGCGCGGGGCUCCCGGAGGGCCGAGGGGCUGCCACGAUGGAGCAAUUAUCAGAUGAAGAAAUUGACCAUGGUGCUGAAGAAGACAGUGACAAGGAAGAUCAGGACCUGGAUAAAAUGUUUGGAGCCUGGCUUGGGGAACUGGACAAACUUACUCAGAGUUUGGAUUCCGACAAGCCUAAAGAACCAGUGAAAAGAUCUCCUCUUCGCCAGGAAACAAACAUGGCCAACUUUUCUUACCGCUUCUCCAUAUACAACUUGAAUGAAGCUCUGAAUCAGGGAGAGACUGUGGAUCUGGAUGCCCUGAUGGCUGAUCUCUGCUCCAUAGAACAGGAGCUCAGCAGUAUUGGCUCAGGAAAUAGUAAGCGUCAAGUCACAGAACCAAAAGUCACUCAGAAGCUACCUAGCCGGCAUACGUCGAAACAUGGCUCUCUGAGAGGAGUAGGAGUAUCAUCUUCUUCUAAUAGAACAACUACUAAACCUUCUCAUGCUAACUACUCCCUGGACGACAUCACUGCACAAUUAGAACAGGCUUCCUUGAGCAUGGAUGAAGCCGCUCAGCAAUCUGUAGUAGAAGAUUCUAAACCUUCAAUGACGAAUCAGCACAGAAGGAUUGCAUCAGCUGGCACUGUGAAUGAUGUUGAAGUGCACUCUGUUAGUAACUCCUCCCGUUCGAGCAUCACUUCUGCAGCUUCUAGCAUGGAUUCUUUGGAUAUUGACAAAGUGGUGCGCCCUCAAGAACUGGAUUUGACAACACAUCAGGGACAGCCAGUUACUGAGCACUCCUAUCUGGACAGGGAAACCUCCCUUCUUCUGAGAAACAUUGCAGGAAAACCUUCUCAUUUGCUGACCAAGGAGGAACAAGCGGCAAAACUGAAAGCUGAGAAGAUUAGAGUUGCCCUGGAAAAAAUUAAAGAGGCUCAAGUGAAAAAGCUGGUGAUCAGGGUCCACAUGUCUGAUGACAGCUCUAAAACCAUGAUGGUGGAUGAGAGACAAACCGUGAGACAAGUGCUGGACAACCUGAUGGACAAAUCUCACUGUGGCUACAGUUUAGACUGGUCGCUGGUGGAGACCAUUUCUGAGUUACAAAUGGAGAGAAUCUUUGAAGACCAUGAAAACUUAGUUGAAAAUCUUCUUAAUUGGACAAGAGAUAGCCAAAACAAGCUUAUAUUUAUGGAACGUAUAGAAAAAUAUGCACUUUUUAAAAACCCACAGAAUUACCUUCUUGGGAAAAAGGAAACAGUUGAGAUGGCAGACAGAAACAAAGAAGUGCUGUUAGAGGAAUGUUUUUGUGGAAGUUCUGUAACUGUCCCAGAAAUCGAAGGAGUCCUUUGGUUAAAAGACGAUGGCAAGAAGUCCUGGAAGAAGCGUUACUUUCUCUUGCGAGCAUCUGGCAUCUACUAUGUCCCUAAAGGAAAAGCAAAGGUAUCUCGGGAACUGGUGUGCUUUCUUCAGCUGGAUCAUGUUAAUGUGUACUAUGGGCAGGACUAUCGGAGCAAGUACAAAGCACCCACAGACUGUUGUCUGGCGUUAAAGCACCCACAGAUCCAGAAGAAGUCUCAGUAUAUCAAGUACCUCUGCUGUGAUGAUGUGAGGACUCUGCACCAGUGGGUCAAUGGGAUCAGAAUCGCAAAGUAUGGGAAGCAGCUCUACACAAAUUACCAAGAAGCCUUGAAGAGGACAGAGUCCGCUUAUGAUUGGACUUCUUUAUCCAGCUCCAGCAUUAAAUCUGGGUCCAGUUCUUCCAGCAUCCCAGAGUCUCAGUCAAAUCAUUCUAACCAGUCUGACAGUGGAGUGUCUGACACCCUACCCACAGGACACAUCCGUUCCCAAAGCACUGUGAGCUCCAUGUUCUCGGAAGCCUGGAAGCGUGGCACUCAGUUGGAAGAGUCCAGUAAGGCCAGAAUGGAAUCUAUGAAUCGGUCCUACACUUCACUUAUGCCCCCUCUGUCCCCUCAAACUAAGAUCAUCACCCCUUAUACUGCCUCACAACCUUCACCCCCUCUGCCUCCUCCUCCACCACCACCUCCUCCUCCGCCGCCUCCACCACCACCACCACCUCCUCCUCCUCCUCUCCCUAGCCAGUCUGCACCUUCUGCAGGCUCAUCUGCCACCAUGUUUGUCAAGUACAGCACAAUCACCAGGCUGCAAAAUGCAGCUCAGCAUUCAGGGUCCCUGUUUAAGUCUCCGCCACCCCCAGCGAUGCAACCUCCGCCUUUGGCUUCACAGUCCCUCAAGGCUCAAAUUGUGGUGCCCCCCAAUGGAGUUAUUCCUCCACCCCCUCCUCCUCCACCACCCCCAACCCCUGGUUCAGCCAUGGCCCAGUUAAAGCCAGUGCCAUGUGCCCAGUCCCUGCCACAGUUCUCCCAACCCCCUCCACUGAAGAUUCAUCAAGUUCAUCAAGUGGCACCUCCCACACCCCCACCAGCUCCUCCCAUCCCUGCAGCUGUCCCUCCUCAAGCACCCCCUAAACCCCUGGUGACCAUUCCUCUUUCAGCCAGCACCAAAACUGUACCAUCAGUAGUGGCACAGGCUGUACCACUCACCCCUGCACCUCCAGUGCCCCCAGCAAAGAAACAGCCAGCUUUCCCCAUUUCUCACAUUCCACCCUCUCCCCCUGUUCAGACUGCUCCAUGUCCACCACCAACACUACCCAAGCAGCAGAGCUUUGGGGUGAAGCCACCCCCCUCUCCACUGUCCCCCAUGCCCUCAGUCGUGAAGCAGAUAGCCAGCCAGUUUCCACCCUCUCCCACUCCUCCUCCUGUGGACUCACAGCCCCUAAAACCCCUCCCAGCAAGUGUCACCCCACAGUCCCCUCCUGCCGUGAAAGCAAAACCUAAGUGGCAGCCCAGCUCAAUCCCUGUCCCUUCCCCAGAUUUCCCUCCUCCCCCUCCAGAAAGCAGCCUGGUGUUUCCUCCUCCACUUCCUCCAAGCCCAGCCCCAGCCCCACCCCCUCCCCCACCCCCAGUGCCACCCGUGGCUUCACCAAUCCCUGACAAAGGUGGAUCUCCAGGCAAAAAGCCAAGUAAGAUGUCCAGCCCUGGGGGAAAGAAACCACCCCCAACCCCACAGCGCAACUCCAGCAUUAAGUCUGCGGAGCACCCUGAGCCCAAGCGACCCUCGGUAGACAGUCUAGUCAGCAAGUUUGCACCGCCAGCAGAAUCGGGAUCUCCCCACAAGGAGACCCCACCUCCUCCUGCAGCGCCUCCCAAACCUGGGAAACUACACCUUUCUGGAGUCAAUCUCCCUGGAAUCCACCAGCAAGGGGGUGUGUCAACGACGCCUUCUGUUCUGAGUGGGCGUGGAAAGGACUCCGUAGUGGAAUUUCCAUCUCCUCCAUCCGAUUCUGACUUUCCACCCCCUCCACCUGAAAUAGAGCUUCCUCUGCCCCCUAUUGAGAUUCCAGCCAUAUUCUCGGGAAGCACCUCCCCCAAAGUGGCAGUUGUUAAUCCUCAGCCACAGCUAUGGUCUAAAACAUCUGUGAAGAAGGCCCCGCCCACCCGGCCCAAACGAAAUGAUAGCACCCGCCUCACUCAAGCUGACAUCUCUGAGCAACCAGCGAUGACCACAGUUGUGCCACAAGUGCCCACCUCUCCCAAAUCCAGCCUUAGUGUCCAGCCUGGAUUCCUAGCUGAUCUUAACAGGACACUGCAGCGCAAGUCUAUCACGCGGCAUGGCUCCCUCUCCUCUUCACGAAUGUCCAGAGCAGAACCCACAGCCACCAUGGACGACAUGGCACUACCCCCACCACCACCAGAACUGCUGUCUGACCAGCAGAAGGCUGGCUUUGGAGGCAGUCACAUUUCAGGCUAUGCAACCUUGAGAAGAGGACCCCCUCCCGCUCCCCCUAAAAGAGACCAGAAUACUAAGCUCUCAAGAGACUGGUAGCCACAAGACUUAAUAUCUAUAAUCAGUUCUACAAUCAGUUUACCUGAUCAUCUGUGAAUCCAGGUGUUCAGAGCCUCCUGAUAUGUUAUUCAGGUAGUGUCCAGCUGUAUGUGUGUUGUGUGUAUAUACGUAUGUAUACAUCUGUGAAUGUGUAUAUAUGGAGAGAACUGAUUCUAUUUAUUUCUUUUGCCUCCUAAUCAGAAAAGAGGGUUUUGUAUAUUUUGAGUGGAAGGAGACAUAGGAGGAGCUAUGUUGUCACUUAUAAUUUGUUUAUCAUAUGGACUGGACCAAAAUCUAGAAGGUAUUUUAUAACUGUCUGCCCAUGUGCCACUGUGCAUGUGUUAUAGAAGAAAUAGAUGGACAGUUUCUCAGUUUGAGGAUAUCACAAGAAUGUUUGCUAUAUCCGUAGGGCUUUUUUGUUUUUCCCAGUUGGCUGGAUUUAGAACUGCUUAACUGACACUUAAAUUCUACAUAUAAAGGGGCACUUUAAUUCAGGAAAGCCUUCCAUAGACAGAACGGGUAAAUGGCGCAGGAGGGGAAAUGCUGAAGAAUCUGUGGUUAUACAUAGGAAAGUCAUGGCGUUCUAGUUGCAAUAGUUCUGCCAUGACCCCAGCCACAUCUUGAGAUGUCUUCAUAGGUAAGCUUUUUGCCUAAAACACAAGAAAUAUCUAAUGCUAGAAUCCUAACUACUUUCAGUAGUUGCAGAGCUUCAUCAGUUUGGUUUCAGGAGUCUUGCUUUUUUGUAGAAUGUCCAGUACACACUGUAAUGUACUGCCCCAAUUAUGUCUUUGGGUCAUUUAUUUACCUUUGCAUAUAGUGUGUACAUUACAGACAUUUGAAUUUGUGGACAGUAGAAAUAUGAAAUAUACUCCCUGUGCCCAAUGUAGUACAUUAUUAAAAACAAAGUCAACUUCUGCAAUGCCUUCUUUACAAGUUGUUCUCCACGAGAGAUAAAGAAGACAAGACAGUGUCAUUCAUCAUGUUUUAGUGCAAAGAAUCCAUUUGGGAUAGGACUGUCAUGAUCAAGACGAGUUUUCACAAUUUCAUUCAUAGCUACUGGAGCUGCUAAGAUCUUUUCUGUUUAGCUUGAGUGUAGGGCUUUUACAGGUGGCCAGGUGUUCCGAUGGAGCAGCGCCAUAGUCCACUUAAAGCAAGCACGUACUGACGGCUCUACUACGUUCACAGUGUUCUCUGCGCUUUUGGUACAUGAGAAAAGUGUGUACUUACCAACUUAGAGUGAUGGGUUGAUGGGAAAGAAAUGCAAUCCUAGUUAUCUUUAAGCAAGAGAAUAAAACUGUCCAUCCCACUUCUUACAAAUGAGCACAUCUUGUAAAGAGUCUGUGCCUGCUGUAAAGAUAACCAGUACCAGAUGCAGAAAUCUUUUGGUCCUGUCCCUCAAGCAGAAAGUAACUCUAAUGAAUCUGGAUAAAGAAGAUAGUCUUCACACUGUGUGUCAAGUUUCACUACCCUAAUUUCCAGUAAGGAACUGCAUCAUAAAGAUGUGUAAGCGGCACCUCCCACACAUUUCCAGCCACUCUUCAGACAGCCAUGCAGUUAGGGGAAAAGACGAAAAGUCAUUGUACUUUUUAAAAACCUGCUUAGAUUUUUUUUUUGAUCUUUGAAAUUGCUCACCAAGUAUUUAUGUGCUUACAAUUCUUAUAAUUAUGAAAUGAUCUUUAACAUAACUGCAGUUAGUUUCAACAUGUACAACAAAUGUAUUUAAUCUGAAUACAGAUGCCAAGCCACACUGAAGUACUUCCUCAUGCUCAUCAACCUGCAGUUCUCCAUUCAAUCUACAGAAAAUCAAGAGUGCAGAUCAGUUAUCCCUGGGGUUUAUCUCUAGGGUGUUUCUGUUUCCUUUUUAAAUUAAGCUAGCUAGGCAACUUAAGAUUUCCUUGAGUGCAAAAGUAUGUACCUCCAAUCUAGAUUGAACCCUAAAUCAACAACCUUCAUUUUGUCAAUGUGGACUCCAUGGAAACUCCCAUGUCCUUCCUGAAGCACUGUCCAUUCUAACUCAUCAUGUGACAGCAUGCAGUUUCUUUAUAGUUCUCCAGAGACAGAAAUAGCUGUUAAUUAAAAACAAAACAAUAAACCAAAGUGCCACAUUCCAAUUUUUUUUUCUCACUGCUUAGUGCUGACAUGCAGUUUUCUUUCUUUUUCUCUGGUGUGUUCACGGACAAGACCUACUGCCAGCCAACACUAGUUCUGUGCCUUCUUCCACUGCCCGUAGCGCAGCGGCUCCAGCUCACCCAGCCUUUUCGGGCAGUGCAGGGCCCGUGGAGGCUGCCUGGGCACUAACAGUGAACAGAGUGAAGGACCUUUGCUCCUGAGGGCAGACAGAUAGGUGCUUUUUGGAAUUGGUUUGGUGACAUCCUCAAUUUUUAUUAUAUAGUAUUAUAUUUCAAGUCUCUUAGUACUUAAAGUUUGGGCACCAACUCUGAAGCAGCCAAACCUAUUCUCAAUAAAAUGACCUAACGGUGAUCCACAGGUGCCAGCAUGAGUACACUGUAUAUUAAGUCUCCCCAGCUUGGAAUUUAGUCCCAAAAGAUUUUAAUAUGCUUUCUCUCAUCUUUUAGUCACCGUAAUUUUCAUUUGGAGGAAAAAGGUCUGUUUCAGACAUCUACUUAACUGUAUAACACUUUUUCCCCCCAAUGUCUAAACUUUUUUAACAUAAGAAAGAUGGCUGGAUCUUAAAGAUUAUCAAAAAGAUCUAUUUUCAUUAGACAAUGAAGAGAGAUAACAAUGGGUUUCUG